AACGUCCGAUAUAAAUACCGGGAUUGUUUUAGAGACGGUCACCAGUAUUCCGUUAGACUCCGGUACAAUCGAAAACCGACAGACAGACAGACAAAAAUGGCAGCUAAGGUACGCGUAUAAUGAAUUGUAAUAUUAUUUUGUAGGAGAAAAAAACCGAUUAUUAACGCGCGUAUACAACGCAAAUUCGAACGUUGUUUUUUUUUGUUACUUUUACAUAAUAUUUCGUGUUCGAGUCUUAAUGACUUUUUUUCCCUCCUCAUCUGUUGAUCAUUUCUCGUAGUCACUAUUAAUAACAUACGAAAACGAUUUUUUUUUUUUUUUAUUUUUUUUUUUCGUUCGAGUCUUAAUAACUUUUUGCUUUCCACAGUUGAUCAUCUUCUCCGCCUGCGUGGCCGCCGCUCUCUCCCAGUACGCCGCCCCGGCCUACAAACCAGCUUACCCAGCGGCACCCGCAUACCCAGCACCGGCUUACGCCGCACCAAAGGCCUACGCCCCAGAACCCUCUUACCCACCGGCGCCGUACAGCUUCGAAUACAGCGUAAACGACCCAUCCACCUACGACGUCAAGAGCCAAUCGGAAUACAGCGACGGCAAAACCGUCAAGGGAUACUACAGCCUGGUCGAAUCUGACGGCACCAAGAGAAUCGUCGAAUACACCGCCGACGACUACGGUUUCAACGCCGAAGUCAAGAAGGAAGGCACCCCGGCUUACGCCCCAGCUGCCCCAGCCUACAAAGCCGCCCCGGCCUACAAACCAGCUUACCCAGCACCAGCUUACCCAGCACCCGCUUACCCAGCACCCGCCUACAAACCAGCCCCGUACAAGGCAUACUAGAUCCAAUAAUACAACAUGAUUAUUGAUCUUUUCACCGCCGCCCGUCCUUCCCCCUUGUAUCUCUCGGCCGCUUCGGGUGCGUCGUCACCAACCGACGGCGACUCGCCGCGGCUCUGUUACAUGUAUUAGUCAUCUGUAUCCAUACGACCUACCCGGGUCGCACUCAUCUCUUUUGAAAUUCUUGUAUUUAUUUUUGUGUAAAUAUAUCUAUCCGUAUUUACAUAUUGUAAUCAUGCGUGUUUUUUUUUUUUAUUUUAUUAACCCUCUCCUUUGGUACUUGAUAGUUUAUCGGUACUUAUACAAUCGACUCCAAGCACUCGAGCGGCGCAAGUCGAUAACGCAUGAACGCAGUGGCGUGUUUAGGACUUUGCCAAGGAGACAUUUAUUGGAUUUUGAAAUACUGUGUUAUGCCAUGACGUAUACCUAAUGUAUAAUGUGUAAUUGGGCUAGAACAAAAAAUAAAAACAAUUUGAAAUUUAUAUAUUUUUUGUAAGUAUUUUUCUAAUUAAAUCUGCCCUGACGUUAACAUUGAAAUAUAGCAAUUAUUACUAUUACUAUUAUUAGUUUAGUGUUACUUUUUUUAUGAACAAGGAGAAGGACCUUGUUUGUAUUAAAUUUGUUCGGAUAUGUUUCGUUUUUAAUAAGAUAAUUCAACUAUCAUGGUUCAGGUUUUUUUUUUAUUUUUUAUUUAUUAACUUGGUACCAACACAUUUUUGAAUAAAAUGUUAAGAAAUUCGAAUUAUAAAAAUAAGUAUUCGUAUGAAUUAUAGCUAGAAAAAUAAAAUUUCAAGGAUAACGCGGUUUCUCUCUACUCUCCGCUCUUAAAUGAGCCACUGCGUGGACGGACAUCGACGGAACGGACAAACUAUCGGACUUAUCUGUUGUCCUCUCCGCAAAUGCGUAGCCGAAAAGACCAAAAAGGCCAUGGUAGCAACCGCCCCAGGGCGCCGGAGUCACUACAUAAUAUGUACGCGUACCAAAUUUUUAAUGGCUUUUGCGUUUAGGCACUAAACUUGACGAUUGCCCUGAGGCGCCCAAUGAUAGUUGGUACUGAAUGCGUAUCACUUAUUAUAAGUGUGGCCACUGUAUACAUUUUAAGGGAUGAAUAAAUUUAAAUUUCUACCGUUCGCAUCAACGUGGAAUAAUAAACGAUGAUAUCCUAGGAAAACUAAUAGCGGCCGGGACGCAAUAUUUGACCUCACCCCAAGGCGCUUAAAUCUCUAUAGUCAUCGUGUAUAUCCCAUGUACACCGUGUACCCGGAUCGCAACACUAUUACUCGUGGUUUUAUAAGCCUUGUACAUCACUGUACCGCGGUAUCGUAUUGUAAUCCGGAAUCCGUCCGCAUGCACGUCGGAUACGCCUUUAAAUAAUUGUUCUACGGUUUCGUUAUUCCCAAUAUUUCCGUCGUGUAGUAUUACCUACCCGGUAUAAUAUUCGUCAACCUCGACGUUAUGCGCACGUAUUAUUUGUGACUAUACGCGUGUAUCGCGGAAAACUGAAAUUCAAUAUGAAUCACGCAAUAUACAUUUGCAUGGGUUCUGAAAGUUUAUUAUAUUAUUUUUCAGAACGACGUUGGAUUUCAAUUUUUAACGUCGUUUUUUUUAAAAAAAAUUCCGAGUAUAACGAGUUUUUUUUCAAUUUAUAGACGAAUUACGCCGAAAGUUCGUGCGGAGAAUAUGAGUUAGAAUAAAAGCACACGUCAAUCGCUAUAAUAUUUUUCAAUGUAUAGAAACACGUCUGAUAUCAUUAUUAUUAUGAUGAACGUCUACGUUUGAUUUUUAAGUUACGGAAUUAUACGGUUGAUUUUUCAGAAAACACAUUUUUGUAUUCGAUAUAAUCAGGUACUUGAAAUUACCGAAUCACUUGAAAAUGCAGUCUAUCGGUUGUAGACCCGAGAAAUUGAAUUGUGAGUUAUACGUACGUUCGUCGUUAUUCGAAAUUCUCAGUUCAAUGGCCUCUUUGGUUAUGAUAAAUCGUAAAACCCAAAACCAAUUUUAGAGAAGACAUUUAAAUACAUUUGAUGUGUACCUUACCCAAUUGAGUAGCGACCGUGUAACACAUCAAAAAUUCACUUCUCUACUUAUUACAUUAUGAUCGUCAAAUAUUUUAUGAUAUAAAUUGAAUUUUUAUUAGAUUUUCUAUUUUUUUUUUUUUUUUUUUGAUUACAAAAAAAAUUUGUGUCACGACUACCAAAGAAAUUAGACCAAAAAAACUGCCAAACAUUUAAAUCCUUUAAACGCUCAUUUUUUUCCGGUAGAAAACGUCGUCCGUGUUUUUAUUUUCAAUUAUGAAAUCGUGAAAUUGUACAUUUUCCUACGUUUUUUCUCAUUGAAAUGCUUUUAUUUAAAAAAUGGCGUCGAAAAUCAAAAAAUGACCCUUUAAAGUAUAAUUUAGACAACUUGAGCUUUCAAAAAAAAAAAAAAAAAAAGGCUACACUUAUACAUCGGAGCAAGUUUACUAGGAAAAAACGUGUCCACAGACUAGAACCAAAAAAAUAAAUAAACAGCAUUGCAAUACCAAAUGAUCACUCGCUGCGCUAGGAAUUUAAAAUAAUAUAUUUCGUUAUUUUCUGUAUAUUUAUUAUACUACGUGGUCAACGCUAAUGCAAUCGGAUUGUCGUCAAAUUACCGAUAAAUGCGUACGCCCAACCGAAAUAUUAUGCAAAUGUGAUUUUUUUUUUUUCACUAACAUUGUCGCUUUACAGUUUUUCUAAACGUAUAACGUGUAUGGAAACGAAGAGUAUAUAAUUGGCUGAAACGCAAGACGUGCGCGCGACAAAAUCCCGUCGUCGAUCGUAUUUUCACGGACGAGAUGAAGUGCGAAGGGUAGUGGGGGAAAGCGUAAACCCGUUUCCGUAACAAUAUUAUUAUGUAGAAUGAUUAACAUCGCGUUAAAUAUUUUGCGGCCGCGGAUUUUUUUUCUAUACAAUAUCGACGAAAAAAACGCUAAAAAAAAAUAUAAUAAAAAAAAAAAAAAAAAAUGCGUAAUUUAUGUACAUACAACGCGAUAGAAAGUCGACAGCAGAUGAUGCGAGCAAAAAUCAAAUAGACUCAAAACACCGAUAAAAAGUGUGAUGACAGUAUAGUGGCGAGUUCGUCCUUCACAUUUAAAAAAAUAAUUCUGCGGUAAAAAAAAGUGAUUUUUCAGUGAUACGCCGCAACCGUUUUUGGCAACCGACGACGAUAUUAUCAUUGUUAUUAUUUAUUACCUAUAUAAGUUAUACACGAGUUGUGCGUGCGUCGCGACGCCUUUUGCGAAAAAAUGUGCACAGUGCACGGGACCCGCGGGACUCGGCGACGGAAUGAUUCCGUUAUCCCCUCGCCCCCUCACCACCACCACCACCACCACCCCCCUCGUUUUUAUUCCUCGCGGACGCCGAGAGCCGAAACGACGAACCGUAUUGUUUCGCGUGGGCGGACGACAAAGCGAAUUGAUUGUGAAUUCAUUAACACCGCGCGAAACGGAGCCGGCAAUUGAAAUGUCGACCGUUCGAUUCGGGUGCACGCGGUACGGCAACGGUUUCGCGGGAACCGUGCGCGCGCGUAAAUAAUAUUGCGGACGGGUACAUCUCGACGACGGGAUUUUACGCCAAAAAUUUACGAUUUGCAAAUCGUACGACGGCGCGCCGCUUGUUAGACCCACGAAUAAUUUAAGGUUCGGUCGCCCGUUGGACUCCGUGAUCUCCCGGAACGGUACGGACGUAUCGCGAACACAUUGAAAAAAAAAAAAAUGCUACACGCGCGUUUCGCCGGUGAUUGUAGACGAGAAGUCGGGAAGGUAGGGUGUACACGGGAAUUCAAUGUACGUCUGUACGCAACGAUCAAUAUUCGCCAACCGGAAACGAUUCUGAGCGACGAAGAUCGGUUACGCGCGUUUCGCAAUGCCGAGACGGUUUUACGGUUUUCGGAGACGCCGUUUUAAAGUUUCCGAACUGUUUGUUCAACGGUGUCAUUUCAAUGGCGUUGUUUGUGAUUUUUUUUUUUUUUUUUAUAUAUUUACUAAAUCAGAAACAAGAAUACGGAGAACGUUUUGAAAUCGUUUUUAAACGUCGAGAACUCGUACUCGGGUUGAUAUUCUCGUUCACAUUAUCCUAUAUAGGUACACGAUAUUUCGUUUUAAACGUAAACCCAUCAUCACGAGCACUGCAGUGCGUGUAUAUUUCUAUCAGAAAACAUCAUCAAGGACUAAUGCGAUUUUACGGUUAAAUCCAAAUAUUGAAGUACAUAUUACAAAACUUCGAAAAUGAUUAACGUGACUGUGUAUCGUCGUCUGUUCGCACACGCGUAAAUGUAUACCUAUGUCAUUCCCUAGCCCCGCGGCCUCCGUUUACAUUUAAUAUUAUACUAUUAUAUAGGUACACGAUAAUACACCUACGGGCUGAAACGAAAAUUGUGUAGAAACUUAAAAAUCCGAACAAAGUUUAGCGUUACAUUUCCGUUGCCAAAAAAAAAAAAAUGAAUACGAUUAAAAAACGCACGAAACUGGACAUGUUGUACGUAUAACGAUAGCAGUGGCGUCCAAACUAUACUUCGAUGUGUAGCAGUUGCUACACAUCGUAUUUUGGGUGUUUCCGGGCAAUUGGGAUUUGAUAUAGUCGGUUUGAAUGGGUAUAUAAAAAAUUCAAGACAGUAGGUUGCAAGGGUUGGAAAGUAUAUAUUUAUAUAUUACAUGGGUAAAAGUCGUUGAGAUGGAUGGAGGUUUUGAACUCCAAAUUCCGCUACACCAUAAAAAUAUAGAUUGGGCUCCAAUGGACGAUAGUUGGAUUUAGGAUACUUAUUAAGCACAUAUUUCUACGCCAGCGUAAUAGACGAAAAAUGUAUACAUCUUUCAAUAAUUGUACGGGUAUAAGUAACGGUGGUAUUUCGAAUAAAGUAUUUUUAAUACUGUAUUCACAAUGUUUGGUUAGUAUUCUGCUGAAUGUUUAAAAAAAAAAAAAAAAUGUUUUUUCAAAAGUCCCGAACAGUUUUAAAAAGUAUUUUAAUCGUAAAAAAUAAAAACACCUUUUUAGAGUGUUUUACUCUAAAUAUUACAAUAAUGCUUGACUUUAAGACGUGUGCUUUAUUUCUUCGGGAAAAGCUUAUUCGGUCAGUAAAAAUGUUUUGAAUCGUUCCCGAAUUACUUUAAAAUAUACGUAGUUUCCACCAGGCUGUACUUUAUUCAAAACGAUUUUUGUAAUAUCCAACCAGUAGCCGUAGCAAGUAGCUCUUCUGGCGCCCGAGGCAAAUUUGAAUUUAUACGCCCGGCGCCAACUCCUCUAAAACAUUAAAAAAUUCUUGGGUAUCGUCUAUUAUUAUCUAUUAUUUAUUGAAUUUUUGGAUAAGCAUAUUAUAUUUAUUUAUAGAAAGAUUUAUUUUCACAAAUAUAAUGAGAAAGAAUAAUGAAAUACUAUUAAAUAAAAGAGAAUUUCCUAAAAAAAUAUAGGUAGUUACAAAGAUUUUCGGGAUCACAAUUGUAGUUCUCUCCAAUUUAAUUGCCGAAAAUUCAUCAAUAACUUUCUCAAAGUCUACGUCUCCGGCAACUACAUUUUCUAUAGAAAAAAAAUGCCAAAUCUUAUAGACUCUUCUGGUACAUAUAUAGGUGAUCUCAGCUAAUUCUUAAUGCGUUUGAGUUUGAUAAAGCUACAUUCACACAAUCAAAGGAGUUGAAAGAUCAUAUACAGUAUAUACGGUAUCUGCGGUUGGAUUUUUAGUUAUAAAAAAAUGUUCAAGUGCAAUAUAACGGAGAAUAUACAUUUCCAAUAUUUGUUUGCAUACAUGUUACCUAUACAAUCAUACGACGUCGUUGAGUUCCUCGUUAAAUCAUCCGGACAUAACAUCAUAUCUUGUUGAACGCGCAAUACUGAAGUACCGCCGGUACACAGUACAUUAUAUUCGAAUGCAAUGUGUUUCUGAAUACUGUUUUUCGUAUACCUUUUAAAAGUAUUUUACCCGGGUCCGGUAAUCUGUAGUCCGUCGUCGUGCGAAAACUUUACACGCGUUUAAUAUCAUAUUUUGUAAUUCAAAUCGCUGGAAACGAACGGGCGUGAUAAUACUACUGACCGUAUAAAGGUUUAAAACGAUUAUAAUAUUUACAGGUACCUAUUGUGCGUGUGUGUGUGUGUGUGUGUGUGUGUGUGUGUGUGUGUGUAACGGGUACCCACUUUUGUAUUUUACGAGUUUACGGCCGUAAUCAGAUCCACGGACAAUCGUAAAGCGUUCGAAAUAAUAUUAUUAUUAUUAUUAUCUUGUAAAACGCGAUACGCCGAUAUUUUCUGUACACCACGAAUACGGUACGGGUCACUGGCCGUUAUUUGAUCUAAAACGAAUAAAUUAACGAACACAUUGUACAUUACCAUAUAGCCGGUUAGCUGGUUGGAUAACAUGCAUGCAGUUAUUAUUAUUAGGGCGGUUAUUGCAUAAAAUGCAUAAUGGGCAUUUCCCCCCGUUGUAUGCGCGCGGUCAACGAGAGUCCAUAAAUCAUAAAUGGACUGAUUAAAUAACAAAAUAUUGUAUAUUGCAUUUGUUUUUUUUUUUUAACGUUCCGACGUUGUUGCAAAAUUUUGCGUAUUUCGCGUAUUAUUUGGUCACUAUAUAAACAGAGGCGAGUAAAAACAGCGUAACACAGUGCAUAACACUCAACAUUAAUUUGAAAAAUAAAAUUAUAAUGUAUUCUCAGUUUAUUAUACUUUUCCCUGUUAACAGGUUUAUGUAUCGACUUUAAUGGAUAAUUUAAACAUUAAAAAAAAAAAACUCACUAACAAAAAUUAAACAUUAAAUUUACGUACUGCGUAUCUAUACGUUUUAUAUUUUGUGUAUAAAAAUUAUAAUAAUUAAUAAUUUACAGUUCAAAUUUUUCGAAAUACAAUAAAAGAAAUUAAUACAAAUUUAAAUUUUAUUCUACAUUUAUGGUAACUUUUUCUGGUAUGUUUUGACUUUUUUAGUGCUUGUUUGUAUGCAUAUAUUUUAACAAAAAUUAUUAGUGCUUAUAAAUCCGAUCUUUAGUUAUUAUAUAAAUUAGAGAGGACAUUUGCAUUAAACCUUUAAAUAUACGUACAAUAUGCAGAUAUACUCUAAAAAUAUCGAAAAUACGAUACGAAAAUAAAAUCCCUCGUAAUAAUACGAAUGAGGUCAUGAUAAAAAUCAUGUUAAAAACGUCUUAAAUAUAUACUAAUUAUUCCAUAAAUCUUGAUAAUCGUAUAGCGCCAACAUGUUCAAAAUUAAAUUGUGUAUAUUGUACAUAUAUAGUAAUAAUAUAUAAUGUGCAUAUUAUAAUAAUGAGUAGAAUCGUUAGAUUGCAAAACACAUGAUUAUAUUAUAAACUAUUUUAGAUUCUAAGUGGAACGAAGAAGCUUAAUGUUUUACAAAGAUGUUUAUUUUUUAGUGUAACGCCUUUUCUGAAAUCGGUGUAGAGAGACACAAUAGGUAAUUUUUCGAUUAUCUCACGAGUUUUCCUAGCAAAUGUGAAAAACCGGGAUAAAACAUGGGAAAACCGGUAAAAACGUAGUAAAACUAGGAAAAUCGAUACAACACUAAACAAAUAUUAUUAAAAUAUAUUGAGCCUAUUUAAUUAUUUUACUCUAAUAUGGCAUAUAUAUUGUUGACAAAGCAUCACUAUCAACUGAACUCCACUCAGAAUCGUUCUUUCGUAAGCAAUGGUUUAUCGCUACUUACAGAUAUACAUUACAUUAAAUUCCCGUCUGUAUCCUAUAUUCCCAACUUCCCACCUACACCAGUGACUGCACCCGUCCCCAUUAACUUACCGUUUUUUUUUUUUUACUUUUUUUAACCGACCAAUAAAAAUAUGGUUAUCCACAUAAUAAUAUAUGUCAUAUAUGAAUAUCUGCUCGAACAAUAAUUAUUUUGUGAUUCUCGAUUCUUAGUGUUGAAACCAUGUCUCAAAACUAUGUUUCAAUCCUUAAAACAUGCACUUACAAUCCAAUAAAUCGCCAAAGUAUGAAAAAUUUGAUAUAAUGUAUUGAAUCGUUAGGGGGCCAUCAAACACAUUUCGGUGUUAUAAACUAUGUCAAUGUUUUUUAACCGACCAAUAAAAUGUGUAUCUGCCUCGGUUAUUAUACCGAUGGCUUAUUCGAAAAAUAUGACUAUCUACACUAAAAUAUAUACCCUAUCAAAUUUUUAACUGCGCUAUAACGUUUUUAUUACUAUUUAGAUAAUAUUUUUAAAGUUGACUAAAUUGCAGUUUUAAAAGUCGUUACGAAUAUAAAAAUGUUGUAAAAUGUUCAAUUUUAAUCUUCUUAAAACAAAUUUUUUAAGAUAUUUGAGGUCUUGUCAUUAAUAUAUAAAAAUUGUUUUGGGCAUAUAUCCACCGAGAGCGGUACGGCACUGGACGAUGCGGUCGUUUAAGUUUUUGACGACGCAUCCGCCAGGCAUGUGUCUCGUACCCUCGUAAUUUCUGUCUCCAACAAGGGAAUCGUUUGAGGUUUGUUUGCAUACGCUUAAGAUUUCAUGAAUCCCCAUAAAAAUAAAUCGCGUUGUGGAAAUUGCUCGUUCAACAGACCUAAUGAUUCGCGGGAGGUGUGACUGGUGUGAUAUUUGCCGUAUUGAGGUACAGUUCACAUUUCGGCGCUAAUUUUCGAAUUGCACCUUUACUUAGAGCACCGUGACGUCCAAAAACCCCGCGCGAAACACGAACGGUUGCCGUAGCGCUUUCCUUGUUCUUUUGAAAAGUCUUGAGAGCGAGAAUUCGUGUCUUUAGUUUUAAGCAAUCCAUGGCAACAGUAUAAAAAAUGUUCACGAGAAAACAAUAUUGUUGUCCCGCAAAUGAUAAUGAAAAGAGCCAAGAAAAAACACAAAACCGAGGUCACCGACUGUUUACAGAAACAACACCGUAGGAUUCAAAUUAGUACCGAUUUUUAAAACAUCGUUUCUAAACGUAGUAAUCAAAAAUCGCAUUAUUUUUAACGACUUUUCCGUACGUUGUAAUAAUAUAAGAUUCGGUAAUCAUGUGUUAAAAUUAUAAUGCACGCCCUGAUUAAUAAUUAUUAUUAUUACGUUCUAAAAUAAUUACAAUCAUUGGCCGGUGUACACAUUAGCCGAAUUAGCCGAUUAUAAUCAUUUAAACGUCAGAAAUGCGUAUUUCCAAACCGUAUCCAGGUACACGUCGUUGUGAUACGUUACGAUUAUAAUGUAUGCACAAAACAUUAUACGCGCUUGCAUAUUUUAAUGUGAGUUAUGUAAUCAUAUUUCUACAUUACGGAAUAUGUAUUUCUCGAAUUUACGCGAAAUAAUUUUAACGACAGUCGACAGACAAGACGUAUAAUAUAAUGGUGAAAAAAAAACAGAAAUUACAUACAGUUUUUUCGCGACGUUUCUAUACGAAAAUUUGCAACAUCUUUAGUUCCAGGGAUGAGGUCGAUUUUUUUGUUUUUCAUACAUAAUUACGUCUUGCGUAAUUUUUUUCCCUGUAUUUUUUUUUCCCGAUUGGCGUACAUACACGUGUAUGUAUUUUAAAAAAUGUAUACGCACGUAUUGAAAACUAUACAGUCACCGGGACCGAAUAUAUAAUACAACCCUGCAAUCGAUGAUGUCUUUGGUCUUAUAAAAAACCUGGUCACCGAUACACCUACGACAAGUCUACCGUGUCGUACAGCUCGCUGAAAAAUAAAUGUCAAAUGUACCUUGUAAAGUUGUAAAGUUUCCAUGAAUGAUAUAUAAUAUAUUUUCCCUGGCUGGGACCAAAGACGUACGGGAUAUUGCAAGAAGAUUCAACGCCUGACACAAUUUGUAUUCUAUUUUUAGGUUGUUUCUCUAUUUUUAAUAAUUUCUAGAACCUUGCGAUUUGUUCCUCUAUUUAAAAUUUAAAAAAAAUAAUAAUAAGAACGAACAUUCGUCGCGCGUGGGUGCACCCAUCGUUGUAUGUGGGAAGUUCGGAAGGUAGACUACAGACGGGAAUUUAAUGUAUAUCACUAAGCAAAGAUAAACCAUUGCUAACCAAAAACCGAUUCUGAGCCGAGUUCAAUCGGUAAUGAUAAUUUGUCAACAAUUCAAAACAAUGCGCGUUUCCAUGACUACAAUGAUUGUUUAAAAAAGAUUAAAAUAAUAAAAACUUAAUAAUAAUAAAAAAUAAAUAAAUAUCGUUGCCAAUGACAACCUUAUCUUUCAAUCUUUUUUAACCUAGACACCAAAGUUUUCCUCAUUAUAUGGAAUAUUAAUGAAAAUUUUAAAAAAAUUACCUCUCUUAUCUACCACCCAGAGAAUAUUCAAUUUCAGAAAAAGGCGAUGUACUUGAUAAUUGGAAUAGGCUUUCUAGAAGAAAAAAUGUUCACAUAAAAAAAAAAACAUUGUAAAAACAAUAUACAUUUCUCGAUCCACUCAGAAUCUAAAAACUGUAAUUCUCUAAAUAUUUUAAAUUUCCGAUUUGGACGUUAAUUUUUACGGGAACCGGGAGCGUACCCAAGAAUUUUUCGUGUAUGGGAAGGGGACAGUCCAUCAUUCGUAUUUUAUUUGUUCUCUAAUAAUUGUAAUUACAGUUAAAUUCAUGUCCAACUGUUGAUCACUGUUAAUAAUACUAAUAGGUUAGUUAUACACACACACAGCGUCGCAAGCCUACACAAAUAUUUACAAAAGGGUUUACUAUAUUUAUGGGGAGGGGGACUGGACCCGAAAUCUCCCUGCCUUAUCUGGGAUAAACUCCUGUUGCGGCCGAAAAUUCGCUACAACGAAAUAUGAUAGCUCACGGUUUAUAAAAAAUCGUAUUUAUUUUUUUUUCUUUUCGACAUAGGCGCGAGUAAAAAAUAUCGGACAAACUCGAUUCUCGGCUGCAGUCAUAAUAAUAAUAAUAUUUUUGUUUCGUCAAUAUCGGCGGCGGCGUAUCUACCUAUAUACGUAUACAAUACCCUUCACGCGUGUGCUGCACAGUCCAUUUAUUAUGUAAGGGCAUCGUGAUCGGGCCAAUCCGAAACGCGAAAUAAUUAAUUUCGCAUCGCUGACAGAUCCGUACGCUCGCGACUGUACAUACGAGAGAAUAAAAAAAAUAAAAAAAUUCAAGGUCGUUCUUUUUAUCGUUCGAACGGCCGAAUGGCCGCGGGUCAAACGUUUCCUCUCGGUUAUGAGGUCGCCGCCACACCGGCUAAACCGUAAUAUAGGUAACGCGAUAUUCUCUCCGGUCCGAACCGGUUACCGUACACCGCCUCCGUACCGAUAUUUUAUCGAAAGCGAAUAACGUCGCGGGGUUGUCGCGGGUAGGAGCGGACGACGGCCGAACUUUCGGCGUAUAAAUAGCGCGGACGCGCCGGUCACAAUCACCAGUCAUUCAGUGAUCGUUCAAUCGUAACUUAUUAUUCUAACUUAUUCAAAAACCAAACACAUCCAACAAAAUGGCCGCUAAGGUAAGUCCCGGCGGUACAGUCCGUUUUUCUGAAAUACAUUUUAGUCUGUCUACGUGUAGUCGGUACUACGAGACGUUAAACCCCGUCGUUAUAAUAUUAUUUUUUGUUUUAUUUUAUUAUUAUUUUUUUUUUUUACAAAAUUGUUCGUUUCUUUUAUCGAUUUCGUUUCGAAAAUAUCUUUUAUCUCCCGACGUACAUUUCUCGUAGUCACUAUUAAUAACAUACGAAAACGAUUUUUUUUUUUUUAUUUGUUUUUUUCGUUCGAGUCUUAAUAACUUUUUGCUUUCCACAGUUGAUCAUCUUCUCCGCCUGCGUGGCCGCCGCUCUCUCCCAGUACGCCGCCCCGGCCUACAAACCAGCUUACCCAGCGGCACCCGCAUACCCAGCACCGGCUUACGCCGCACCAAAGGCCUACGCCCCAGAACCCUCUUACCCACCGGCGCCGUACAGCUUCGAAUACAGCGUAAACGACCCAUCCACCUACGACGUCAAGAGCCAAUCGGAAUACAGCGACGGCAAAACCGUCAAGGGAUACUACAGCCUGGUCGAAUCUGACGGCACCAAGAGAAUCGUCGAAUACACCGCCGACGACUACGGUUUCAACGCCGAAGUCAAGAAGGAAGGCACCCCGGCUUACGCCCCAGCUGCCCCAGCCUACAAAGCCGCCCCGGCCUACAAACCAGCUUACCCAGCGGCACCCGCAUACCCAGCACCGGCUUACGCCGCACCAAAGGCCUACGCCCCAGAACCCUCUUACCCACCGGCGCCGUACAGCUUCGAAUACAGCGUAAACGACCCAUCCNGCUUACCCAGCACCCGCUUACCCAGCACCCGCCUACAAACCAGCCCCGUACAAGGCAUACUAGAUCCAAUAAUACAACAUGAUUAUUGAUCUUUUCACCGCCGCCCGUCCUUCCCCCUUGUAUCUCUCGGCCGCUUCGGGUGCGUUGUCACCAACCGACGGCGACCCGCCGCGGCUCUGUUACAUGUAUUAGUCAUCUGUAUCCAUACGACCUACCUGGGUCGCACUCAUCUCUUUCGAAAUUCUUGUAUUUAUUUUUGUGUAAAUAUAUCUAUCCGUAUUUACAUAUUGUAA